CUGCAUGGAAAAGUUAAAGAAUUGAAAAAAAAUUGCUCCAGUGUAGACACUACUUAACAAGUCUAACUUCACACUGAACUUCACAAAACGUCGACUUGUCGUUCCGUCCGAUUGACGAUGACCUUAUUUCAAUUUGACAUUUGAAUUUGAAAUUUGAAACAGCCUUCAGUUCAAGGCUUCAGGCUUCAAAAUCACUUACUACAAAUACAAAUAAGUGGUUGUAGUAAAAUGAGUGGGUUUUUUUCUCAAUAAUGAGCAUUCCAAGAAUUGAAUCUUAUUAAGACGAAUAUGGAUUGAAGUGUUGUAUAUUUUUAAGUACCUUUCUUAAAAUUUAGUAUGUACUAAAGUAUUGUUUAUAAUUAUAAAGUGCAAGGAAGAUGGAUAAAUAUCUUCUGUGCUGUAUAUUUGCAGUUUUUAUUUGUAAUACUGCAAAUUGCACCAAUGUUACCAUUACAUCAAGAACUGUUACAUCCUAUUUGGAACAGUACAAAUCAUAUAAAGAUAUAAUUAUGAUUCAUUUAAAAAUUCCUCAAGAUACCUUAUUUGCCUCAUUUAAGUUUUUGGCUGAAGAAACUAGGAUGUCAAUUUUUCCAUGCAAGACAAGGAACGUUUCCCUAUAUUUAAAACAUGGAUCUCCUCCAGUUAUAAAUCCAGACAGCUCUCCUCUACCUAAAACUUUUAAGAAUAUAACAAGAUGCCCUAUGUACAGCACCGAAAUACAAACAGAUAAAAAGGAAAAAUUUAUAAAUAUGACAUCACCAGAUCCCGGUUCAUAUUUUGUGGUGGCAUUUUUGGCCUAUCAAGAUCCUAAGUAUAAUGCUAUUAGUCAACAAGGUUUACGUGCCGAUUGUUACUCAAAUGUCGAAGCCUCUCUUUUCGUUAGCAAGGUUGACAAUCCUUUGAUUAUUGUAGACGAUAAUUUGUACCAGUUAAUCGGCCAUCCAAACGAAAGCAGGUAUUUCAAAUUUUUCGUUACAAACUUGAACGACCAAGCUGUGUUACGGAUCAACAAUAUAAUAUUUCCAGACACUGCGGACAGAUUGUUGGUCAGAAUAGAGGCAAACAAACCUCCUUCUGCAGAGGUUCAUCAUAAACAAGAAUUUAUCUAUUCUACGAAUAAUUCCGGAACAAUAUUCUUUUCUACCAGUCCGGACUCAUGGCACUAUAUCGAAUAUAAAUUUGAAGGAGAUAAGGAAGAUAUUUCUACGGGAAAUUUCACUUUUCAACUUAAAUAUAUUUCUAAUGAGUUACCAGAGGAUUCUGCGUACUUUGAUGCGUUACAAAACGAAACAUACUUCAAUAACUCAUUUUCAAAAACUUUUCACAACUAUAAGAUAACAGAUUUGGUUCCUUACAAACAUUAUGAUUUGAUCAGAGAAGCUACUUCUGAAACAUUCCUAUUUUCCUUUGAGUUGGAACAAGAGUUAGAGUCAAAGCUAGCAGUACCGAUCAAUAUGACUAGCGCUCAUUUCUCGCUUAUGAAAUUUAGAAUUCGAGAAGGUACCGAUGUGGGAGGAACUUUACAGUUUAUUUUAGCUUUUAAGCCUAGAGUUUUGAAGAAACAGUAUCUAGCGUUUACAAGCGAACCAGAGAAUCAUGUGAUAGUAGCUUGUAUACGAAGAGGAGCCAUCGAAGUUCCUACUUGGCCAAAUAAAUGCAGCUAUAAUGGUAUAGAAAGUCACUCUCAAUUAAUUUUGAAUAAGACAACGGAGAAUUCCACUAUUUUGGUACCAUACCCUGAAAGUGGAGUUUGGUACGCAACGUUUAAACUCUUCUGUGGCGAAUGUGUACCUUGUCAUUGUCCAGAAUCAUGCCAAGAGCGGUAUGAACAAUGUGUCAUAGAUUGUGAGCUCACUUGUGAUGGAUCUGGAGAAUGCCAGCAAUGUACUACAAAUUGCAGUGAAAAUAUCAUACAGGAAACAGAAUGUGCUGGUUGCGAUUGCGAUGGACCAUGUUUAAAGAGCAACUUAACUUGUAAUACUAGCCUUAUAUUUGACAUCGGGUCUCAUCCUUGCAUUUUUGGCCAGUGCUCUAGAAACGGAAGAUGUAUGUUCGUAGUUUCUGAUGGGGUGGUGUUUUCCACUUGUUCCUGUAUGAAUAAAUAUAGAGGUUGGGAUUGUUCUGACAAUUCUCAAGCGACUCCCUAUUAUAUGGUAGUAAUUGAACUUUUACUAUUAGUACUGAGCAAUUUAGUCUUUUUACCAGCAGUCUAUGUAGCCUUUAGACGCAAAUACUACAUCGAAGCAGUCACCUACUUCUUCAUCUGCUUCUUUUCUACGUUCUACCAUGCCUGUGACGCGGGAGAGAAUUUGAUCAACUUCUGCCUGGUUCGUCUUUCAGCUCUACAGUUCGGAGAUUUCUUCUGCGCCAUCUUAGCCAUAUGGGUAACACUCAUCGCUAUAGCAGACCUACCGCAGUUACUAACCUCUAUGUGCCACAUGGUGGGAGCGAUAGUACUAGCGUUUUGUACUACCAUUAACAAGACUUCGUUAUGGGUUUUUGCAUUACCCGUUAUUACAGGUUUGUUGAUAAUAAUUGUCAGUUGGAUCUUCAAGUACCGCAAAGUAAAACAGAGAUUUGCCAAUAGAAAUUACUUGUAUUAUAAGAUACCGAUCGGUGUGGCAGUUGUAACGGUAGGGUUGGUUUGUUAUGCGUUUUUACAAACGGAAGCUAACUACAAGUAUUUGCAUAGUGCGUGGCACGUGUUGAUGGCUGUGGCUUUAAUAAUAAUAUUACCUAAACCGAAUACAUUCCUGCCUGAAGUGAUUCUUUAAAAACUUGUUUUCUAAAAACUAGCACUGAUUUAUUUAAGAAUUUAUGGAAUUUAAAAAUACAAAAGACAUAACGGGAAACGGAGUUACCCAACUAACCGCAACUACACUUGAGUACAUGAGUCUUUACCCGUGCGUCAUCACUUAAAGCAUACGAAAUACGUCGGAAAUCUAUUCCACGCCACAACAAGUGACAGAAAGUGGGUAUGAUUCCGAUCACGGAUUAUAUUAUAAAAUUUGACGUUAUAAAAUAAAUAGAAUUUAAAAUUUUGGUGCAGAAUUACAGCUACAUUUGAGGUAGCUUAAUAAAUUCUUUUAAUAUCAUUAGUGAUGUUAAAUAUUUGUUAUAAUAUAAAUAUUUGAAAAUAAAAUAUUUUCUUUUUGUUAUUUAUUUCACUUUUACGGAAAUUUAAACAAAACCAUUCCUUAACCUUUAACUACACGCGCUGGCGUAUAUUGUACGCCAGAUAUAAGAAUUCUACUUGCUUAUUUUUCUAACCUAUCACUGGAAUGUGCUUUACAAUUUGGUUUUAGUUUCCUUAUAAUCGGCGUUCUGGAAAGUUCGUAAUUUACAUUUUAUUAUUUGUUGUUUCCGGUGGUGGACAAUAUACCCCAGGAUUAUAUUACUAUAAGUCGUAAUAUAAGUACAUAUUUUAAUUGUUUUUUAGUCAUUAUGGCAAAAAAUAUAUUUUUCUUUGUAAACAAUACUUUUUCUCCUGUAAAAAAUCACAUUUAAAAAAAAAUUUUAUUAGUAAUUUUAUUUAUCAUAAAAUCCAAUUAUUCCAUGAUUCAAGUUAUAAAUCCCAAUUGGCUUACUGAAAAGGAACUCCAAGUAUUCACUGAUGUCGAAUAAGGUUUAUAACAAACAACUAAGUGUAUUUAAAAAAAAAAUUAAACAAAUCCGCUGUUUUUAAGUGUAUUUUCUUGUGGCGUACAAAGUACGCCACGCGUGUAGUUAUGUUAUAACUUGAUGCGCGGGUAGUUAAAGGUUAACAACUGUGAAUGAGGUUAACUUUGUAUGUAAAUUAAUAGCAAAAUAAAAUACACUUACCAUAAAACUUCAAACUCCAGUAUAAAAUUAGUUGUGAAAACAACUGUUGGUUUAAUAUAAAUAAUGAAGAAAGUGAAAAUAUAGUAUGUCAAAGUAUGUAAAUAAUUUAUUUCUUU